AUGUCAUCCAGUCUUAUAAAUCGUUCGUUGGCAAAUAUUAAAACAGAACUUGAGUUCUUAGUGGAAUCAAAUGUUAUUAGCCAAAGCCAGUCGCAGCAAAUUUUAUCUAUGCUUUCUAACCCUAGGGAAGGUACAAUGAAAGCAGCAUCACAACAAGUUUUGAAAGAGUAUGUGGAAGCAUUAUAUGCUUUUGUUCCCCAGCAGCCUGGAGAUUUAGAGUUUAAAGUUGGGGAUAAGAUAGAGGUCUUGGAAAAGCCUUCUGCUGAUUGGUAUAAGGGGCAGCACAAUGGUAGAGUGGGUAUGUUUCCAUCUAACUAUGUUAAGUCAUUAAGAACUCUGCCCAAUGGUGGUAGGUUCGAUGAACCGCCUCCUCAAUAUAGUCUGAUGGUUCAGGAUACAGCACAUUCUUCUAGUUCCAAUCACUCACAACUACCACCUGCUCCACCAGCCCCCAUUGGUGGUGGGUACUAUCAACAACCGUCUCUACCUCCUGCUGCUUCGAGUUAUUAUCAACAGCAGCAGAUUCCAAUGCCUCUGGGUUCAUCAAGCUACCAGCAGAAUCCUGCUCCACCUGUUCAGUAUCAACAGCCAGUAGCCCAGCCAGUAGUACAGCAAGCUGCACCACAGGCAGUAGAGCAAGCUCAGGGACAGAGCUCAGGUGGCUCUGAUAUAUUCAAGAAGUUUGGAAGCAAGUUAGGUAAUGCUGCUGUAUUUGGUGCUGGUGCAACCAUGGGCUCUGAGCUUGUCCACCACAUAUUUUAA